UUUUUCAUUGUGGGAGUCCCUGGACUUCAGACAUUUAUGUGGAUCUUCUUUCACUCAGCUCCACUUUUGGCGUUAAAGGAAUGAUAUAGCCACUACACAACAUACCUCAAAAAUGUUGGUUGGAAAAGAAUAAAGAACAGCUAAUUUAACUUUAUGCUGUGGAACUGUGCACCUUUUGAAAGUAAACAUAUAAUCGUACUAUGCAAAUGCCCUGGAAUCCAGCUGUUGAAACAUCUGGAUAUUCAAAUGAAUUACAUGGGGGAUGCUUUUUCCUCACAUCUAUGCCUUUUCCAUGUCCAUGCCAGAGAUGGUCUGCCCUUCAGUUAAAGAGAAAUUUGGCUACUCUGAUGUUGGCUUACUUUGAAUGUUCAAGAAACUAAACUAAAAUCAUCUCUUAAGCCUUGUGCUGCCAUUUGAAGAGAACUAAACUGCCAUUUGAAGGAUCAUCUGGACAGUACACACCCCUUUGAGAUGGAGCCUCCUAUGUCUGAGUAUUAUGAAAUUUUUGAGGAGUUCCGUGGAGUUCUAUUGGAUAAACGUUUCACCAAAUAUUGGGAUGAUGUUGAAACAUUCUCGGCGAGGCCAGACGACCUUGUGAUUGCUACUUAUCCCAAAUCUGGAACCACAUGGCUAAGUGAAAUUGUAUAUAUGAUCUAUAAAGAAGGUGAUGUGGAAAAAUGCAAGGAGGAUGCAAUCUUUAAUAGAAUACCUUACCUGGAAUGCAGAAAUGAAGACCAAAUAAAUGGAGUGAAACAAUUGAAAGAGAAGAAAUCUCCUAGAAUAGUGAAAACUCACCUGCCACCCAGUCUUCUUCCAACAUCAUUUUGGGAAAAGAAUUGCAAGAUGAUCUAUCUUUGCCGGAAUGCCAAGGAUGUGGUGGUUUCUUAUUACUACUUUUUCCGAAUGAUACCUAGUUAUCCAAACCCUGAUUUUUCAGAAUUUGUGGAGAAAUUUAUGCAAGGACAAGUUCUGUAUGGUUCCUGGUAUGAUCAUGUCAAAUCUUGGUGGGAAAAGAGUAAGAAUCCACGUGUGCUAUUUAUGUUCUAUGAGGACAUGAAAGAGGAUAUCAGAAGAGAAGUGACAAAACUGAUAGAGUUCCUGGGGAAGAAGCCCUCAGCAGAGCUUGUGGACAAAAUCAUUCAACACACCUCAUUCCAGGAGAUGAAGAACAAUCCAUCCACCAAUUAUACAAUGAUGCCAGAACACAUGUUGAACCAAAAAGUAUCACCUUUCAUGAGGAAGGGAAUCACGGGAGACUGGAAGAACCACUUCUCAGCAGCGCUAAGGAAGAGAUUCGAUGAGCACUAUGAAGAGCAGAUGAAGGACUGCGCUGUGAAGUUCAGAACAGAGCUCUGAGAUGCUUCCUUUUCUUGUGUCUGAAACUGGAAUGUUCUUCACUUUAUCCUCCAGUUUCUCUUGUUUCGCUUUUCAGUACAAGAGACUUUUUGAAGGCUGAUGAUUUAAUUUCAUUCUGUCUUUUAAACUUUUACAUCAAUUUAAUGUCUGAAUGUGUUUGACAGCAAAAUCACAUUUUUCUCAUAUAUAAUAUAAGCAUGUGUUCUCUAACAGUGCUCAAAUAUUUCUAAUAAAAAUAAUUUGAUGUCUCCAUA